CCUCUUCCCCGCACCUCGACCGAAUCUACACCUUCAUCGCCACCAUCUCACAACGAGGGUAGACUACAGACACAGUAGAGCUGUCAGCUACGCUUCCUAUAUCCUCUACCUUUCCUGCCUUUGCUUGCCUAAGCUCCUUGGCUCACUAGCCACUUUCUUUGCCGGCCACCUCCACGCCUGCCAUCCCCUCUCACCCACACCUUCCCGCCUCGUCCUCUGCGACGAUAAAGUAUCCCCAACAUGGCCGGCGCAAUGUCAAAUGCCAAGAAGGACCUCCCAAAGAUCCGAGAUGAAGAGAAGGAGGCAAACUACGGUACCGUCUUUGGUAUCUCGGGGCCCGUCGUCGUCGCAGAGAACAUGAUUGGUUCUUCCAUGUACGAGCUGGUACGAGUCGGCCACGAGGAGCUGGUAGGAGAGAUCAUCAGGAUCGACGCGGACCGGGUCACCAUUCAGGUCUACGAGGAGACGUCUGGUGUCAGCGUCGGAGACCCAGUGCUGUCCACCAGGAAGCCACUGAGUGUGGAGCUGGGACCUGGACUGAUGAGCAACAUUUACGAUGGUAUCCAGCGUCCUCUGGAGAGCAUCAUGAAGAAGGCAGAAGGAAUCUACAUCCCUCGUGGUAUCAACACUCAGCCUCUGGAUCGAGAGAUUCAGUGGGACUUUGACCCCACCGAGUACAAGGUCGGUGAUCACAUCUCCGGUGGUGACAUCUACGGCCACGUCUACGAGAACUCGCUCAUCGCAGACCACAAGAUCAUGCUGCCACCUCGUGCUCGGGGUACCAUUACCCACAUCGCCGAAAAGGGCUCCUACGGCGUCGACGAUGUCGUCAUUGAACUCGAAUUCCAGGGUCAGAAGACAAAACACACCAUGUGCCAGCUUUGGCCCGUCCGUGCUCCUCGUCCUACCACCGAGAAGAUCACUGCCGACAUCCCACUGCUCACUGGUCAGCGAGUCCUCGACGCCCUCUUCCCUUGCAUUCAAGGUGGUACUACUGCCAUUCCUGGUGCUUUCGGCUGUGGAAAGACGGUUAUCUCGCAGGCUCUGUCCAAGUACUCCAACUCGGACAUCAUUACCUACGUCGGUUGUGGAGAGCGAGGAAACGAGAUGGCCGAAGUACUGGCCGAGUUCCCGGAGCUGACACUAGAGCACAAGGGCAAGGAAGAGCCUAUCAUGAAGCGGACAACUCUGGUAGCCAACACUUCCAACAUGCCCGUCGCAGCUCGAGAGGCUUCCAUCUACACUGGUAUCACUCUCUCCGAGUACUUCCGAGACCAAGGUUACAAUGUUGCCAUGAUGGCCGACUCGACGUCUCGAUGGGCCGAGGCUCUUCGUGAGAUCUCUGGUCGUCUGGCCGAGAUGCCUGCCGACUCUGGUUACCCUGCCUACCUGGGUGCCAAGCUGGCCUCCUUCUACGAGCGAGCCGGUAAGGUCACCUGUCUCGGAUCGCCCGAGCGAACCGGUUCGGUCUCCAUUGUCGGUGCCGUCUCUCCACCCGGAGGAGACUUCUCCGACCCUGUCACUGCUGCUACCCUGGGUAUCGUGGGUACCUUCUGGGGUCUGGACAAGAAGCUUGCCCAGCGUAAGCACUUCCCCUCUGUCAGCCCAACCGUCUCCUACUCCAAGUACCUUGGCGCCUGUGCCAAGUCUUGGGGAGACGAUGUGGUGAAGCUGCGAAACGAGGCAAUGGACAUGAUCCAGUCUGAGAACUCUCUUAUGGAGAUUGUCCAGCUCGUUGGUAAGAGUGCCCUGGGUGAAAAUGACAAGGCCACCUUGGACAUUGCCAAUUUGCUCAAGAACGACUUCCUCCAGCAAAACGGUAUCUCCGAAUACGACGCCUACUGCCCUUGGCACAAGACUGUCUGGAUGCUCCGCAACAUCAUCGAGUACAACCAAGAAGCCCAAGCCGUGCUCAGUCAGGGUGAAGUGAGCUGGAGUAAAGUCAAGGAACACACGAAUGAGAUUAUGUACAGGCUUACACAGAUGAAGUUUGAAUUGCCAAAGGAUGGAAAGGAAAAGAUUGAAGAAAAGAUGGAAAAGCUCAACAAGGACUUGCACGAGGCGUUUAGAACCUUGCAGGACUAGAGCCUCCCUUUGUCGUCGUGCGGGGCUACGAGGAAGGGCGCACCGUUCUGGCUCUUUGAGAUUAACUCUACCAUCCCCCCUUCUCUGUCUUAUGUCGUGUUUGUCUUUUCUUUGCCCACUUGUGUUGCCUCUGCUUUCGGGAAUGUCGAUUUGAUUCUGAUUCUGAUCUGAUCUGAUCUGAUUUGAUCUGAACAAAGUAUUACGU